CUUGUUCUACUUGUUGCUGGUUUCGCGUUGUUCGUGCAAAAAUAUAAUUCCUUUUAAACACUGUUGCCUUUUGUUGGCUUUCGUAAACUUGACUUUGGUCUGGAUUUUUAUUCAGUUCUUAGAUUCGGUGGUGAUCGAACGCGAAAUAAUUUUUUUUUGUUCGUUGUUGCUGUCGAGGAUCUUAAAUAUUUUUUUUGCUGGUUAAACCACUUGGCAUACGGAGGAAAUCCUCAAUUUAUCAUGAUUGCAGUGCGAACCGAUGACGAGCCGAAAAGGUCGACGAUAAAAUCAUUUUUUGCCAACAAAAAUGUAUUUGUAACGGGAGGCACUGGAUUCUUGGGCGCAGUUUUAGUAGAAUCAAUUCUCAGCACCAGUCCGGAUGUGGGGAAUAUAUUCCUAUUAGUGAGGGAUAAAUAUGGUGCAAAUGCUCACACCAGGAUACAGCGACUGCUUGCGAAACCAUUAUUCAAAGCCCAUUCGGAAGAAGCACUGAAAAAGAUCGUACCGGUGAUUGGUGAAUUAAGUGAAAAAAAUCUUGGUAUUAGAGACGACGAACUGCAAAGGCUCAGAGACACAGUUAACAUUGUCUACCACAGUGCGGCAACCAUAAAAUUCCAUACAUACUUGAAAACAGCAAUCACAGUCAAUCUGAUCGGAACGUAUCGCACGAUAGAAUUCGCAAAGAGCCUAAAAAGAUUGGAUUCUUAUGUGUACCUGUCAACGGCAUUCUGCAAUGCUGACCAAGAUAAAUUUAUCGAGGAAAAGGUAUACACAUCUGUCCAAGAUCCGUACGAAAUGAUGAAACUAGUGAACGAUGACGAACUAUGGCAACGUAAUUCCGCACCGGAAAUUCAGGCUUUGGUGGGUGGUCACCCGAACACAUACACCUUUACGAAACAAUUGGCGGAAAAUUUACUGCUGAAAGAAAUGGCUGGCUAUCCAGCGGGCAUUGUACGACCGUCUGUGGUAUAUGGAACAUACAGAGAUCCGAUUCUGGGGUGGGUCGGAAACGCAAAUAGUGGUCAUUUGGGUCUAUUGGUUGGUUACGCUAAAGGAAUCUUCCGAACAAUUUCUGGUAACGGUGAGUCAAGUAUCGAUAUAAUUCCAUGCGACUAUGUCAUAAAUGCGGCCAUAACAAUGGGAUGGUAUGUUGGCACCCGAAAAACCGAAACCAUCGAGGUUAUACAUAGCACAUGUGGUGAACGGAAUCGAUUCACAUUGAAUCAAUUCUGCGAUGCACUCAACGAAAAUGUACAAAAAAAUCCGUGCGAUUCCAUAGUGUGGAUGCCCUACACGAAACCUCGUGAAGGGGUCCGCUACGAAGUGUUCGUCUUCUUGUUUCAUCUGCUACCGGCCAUGUUUUUAGCAAUACCAGAAUCGCUGUUCCAGUUCGGAAAGUCGCGCAAAUCUACGCUGGAAUACAUGCAACUGUUCCACAAGGGAUCAACAGUAUUCAACUACUUCUUGCAUAAGAGCUUACAAUAUUCUGUUAAAAAUGCGCUAAGAAUCAUGGGGGAGUUGCAUCCAGACGACCUCGAUCGCUAUCAAUACGAUGCCAAAAAUUGUGACUGGUCCAAACUGAUAGAAAAUUGUUUCUUGGGAAUCCGGCGAUAUUAUUUCCAUGAAUCAUACGAGACAACGAUGUGGCAUAGAGUCAUGUUCAAGAUAUUUCAAGUCUUAUACUACGUCGGAUGGGUGUUCAUCUUGGCAUUAAUUUAUUUCAUGGUGCUUCCGUUGGCCGGCACAUUUCAAUUAACUUUUGCUAUUGCUUCGUCUGUUUGCCUAUUUUUGAUUUGGUUGUAGUUAAAUUCCUUCUUCCUUUUUGUUCGCGGUUAAUUUAUGAAAAUAAAAUUUACAAAAUUUAACGUUG